GGAAAUAAAUCAGACACUCAACAAUGGAAAGAUAAAAUGAUUUCAUACACAAAUAAUUUAAGUCACCUUUUCAUUUUCAUCAAGUUUCCUUCCACGUAUCUACGUUCGAAAAUGAUUCCACUUUCCUUUAUUAUAAUAAUUACUUCGCUACUCGCAACCUCUUUAUCAUUACCUCUCAAUGCAUCUGGGUCCAACCUUAAUAUUGCUGGCGGUGAACCAGCAGAUAUCAAAGACUUUCCAUACCAAGUUUCACUAAGACUGGGAAAUGCAAAAUGUGGCGGAGCCAUUUUGAAUGAGAAAUAUAUUCUGUCAGCCGCUCAUUGCACCUAUGAUGUAGAUCCUAAAGAGAUAAUGGUGCGUGCUGGUUCGAAUUUGCUGAAUUCCGGAGGGGUAGUAAUAGCUGUAGAUGCUACAUUCCAACAUGAAUCUUUCGAUCCUGUAACAUACGAUUACGAUAUCGUCAUACUGAAACUCAAAGAAGACUUAACCUUCACUGACAGUAUAAGUCCAAUCGAUUUGGUACCAGCUGGUUUUAUUAUCGAGGAUAACAGAUUAGCUAUAGUUACGGGUUAUGGAGCAAUAGGACCUGAUGGACCCUUGGCAAAAUCACUACAAAAAGUUGACUUGCCCCUUAUUAGUACUGAAACUUGUCAGACAAUAUACGGCAGUGAAUAUAUUACGGAGAGGAUGUUUUGUGCUGGUUAUGCCGUUGGUGGUAAAGAUGCAUGUCCGGGCGAUUCCGGUGGUGCAAUAGUUCUAGACGGUAAAGUAAUUGGACUCGUUUCGUUUGGACCAGCAUGUGCAGCUCCAAACUCACCAGGUGGUUACACGAAAGUCUCGGAGUUCAGGUCCUUCAUAGAUUCGAUAAUUGGAAAUGUAUAAAUUUCAAACUGAACCUGAGUAUCUAGAAAAGUUUAAGUUGGGAAACUUUGAUCACUGACAUAAUUCAUUCAGAAAGUUGUUCGCAUUGGAUUUUCAUACUACUGUAUAUAGAUUUUCAUUAAAAACUAUUAGUGAACUCAGGUAUUCUGUUUCCAUUUGAUGCGAGGGAUUUCUU